AUGGCUGCCAGAGCCUCCUCCCUCUCCGAGGCCCUCUCCAGCGGCUUCCUGACCUGCACCAUCUGCCUGGAGCACCUUUGCCAGCCCAAGAUCCUCCCCUGCCUCCACACGUUCUGUCGCGACUGCCUGCAGCAGCUGGCCAGCGGGCGGGAGGAGCUGCAGUGCCCCGAGUGCCGCGAGCGGGUGCCCCUUCCGGCCGGCGUCGAGGGCCUCAAGACCAACUUCUUCAUCAACGGCCUCCUGGACCUCAUCCGCCCGGCAGGGAGAGUGGAUGCCCCGUGCAGCCUUUGCCCGCUGCUCGGCCAGGAUACCAGCCGCUGUGCCGUGUCGCGAUGCUUGGACUGUGCCGACAACUUGUGCCAGACUUGCGCCAGCGGGCACCGCUGCUCCCGGCUCACCCACGCCCACUGCAUCGUCGACAUGGAGGGCUACCUGUCUGGGGAGCACGACGAGGAGGUCCGCAAGCGGCAGGCCUCUUGCUGCCAGGAGCACAGCGGGGAAGCCCUGCGCUUCUUCUGCACCCCCUGCGCCACCGCCCUGUGCCGGGAGUGCCGCCUGGGGCCCCACCUGGAGCACCCCUGCCUGCCCCUGUCGGAGGCCGCCGAGGCCCGCUGCCCCAUCAUCGUGGGCCUCCUGGCGGGGGUGGAGGAGAAGGUGGGCCUCAUCGCCCAGGCCCGGGCCCGGCUGGAGGAGCAGGUGGAGCAGCUGCAGGCCCACGCGGGCGGCGUCCGAGGCGCCAUGGAGCGCACGUGCAGCCAGGCGGUGCAGCAGCUGCUGGCCCUGCAGGAGGAGGUCCUGGCCCAGCUCUCGGGCUUCGUGGAGGAGAGGAAGAAGGCCGCCGAGGUGCUCCGGUCGGAGCUGGAGUUCCAAGAGCAGGUGGCCUCCAGCACGGCGGCUUUUGCCCGGAAGGUGCUGAGCCUGGGCCGGGCCGUUGAGAUCGUCUCCUUGGAGCAGAUGAUCUCCGAGAGGCUGAGGCAGCUGCAGAGCUUCUCGUGGGAGCCCCUCGCCUUCCGGCUGCCCCAUCUCGCAGAGCACCCGAACCUUCAGAGCCUCCACGGCUUGUUCCACCUGGAAUUCAGGGAGGAGCCCCCCCCAGGGGGCCCGGAGAGCGCCAACGGGAGCACCCCCAAAGGAGCAAAGAAGAAGAGGAGGAAGUCGCAGCAGCUGCUGCUGCUGCUGCCCACCGCCCACCACGAAGCGGGGAGGGCACCCGGCCAACAGAAGCCGAGCCCCCCCGUGGAACCCCCCAGCCUGCCUCCUGCACGGCCAGAAGCCCCCCCACUCACCCCCAAGGCCGUCUUCUCGAGCAGCUUCUGGGUGAAGGUCCCCAGCGACAAGAAGCGCCCGCAGGUGACCGGCAUCUGUCCCCUUGGUUCCGGGGAGCUCCUCGUGGCCGACAUGCAGAACAGGAAGCUGAAGAGGUUCUCACUGCAGGGGGAAUUCAAAGGCCUCGUCUCUGUGCCGAGCGACGUGGCCCCCUUCAGCGUGGCCGCCGUGGGUGGCAGAGUGGCUUUCUCUGCUGGCUCUCGGCUCUUCCUCUUGAGUGGCGAGGGUGGCCUCCUGUGGCAAAAGGCCCUUCAGCUGGGCCAGGCCAGCCAUGCCGUGACCGCAGUCGGGGGCAAUCGUGUGGUGGUGAGCGUGGCGGGGCACCUGGAGCUGUAUGACGUGGAGGGGCGGCUGGUGGAGAAGGUGGUGCCCGGAGGCAGCGAGGAGCGCAGCCUGGUCUUCCUGGCCAGCCGCAAGGGGGGCUUUGUGGCCUCCGACUGGUACCGGCGCAGCCUGCUGGUGUUUGGCAGCCAGGGGCAGUUGGUGGCUGAGCGCCGAGAGGAAGAGCUGGAUGGGUGCCAGCCAGGGGCCGUCUGUGUGGACGCCACGGGGAUCAUCUACGUGGUGCUGCGUGAGCAGAACCGGGUCCUGGCCUUCUCCCAGGCUGGCAAGCCGCUGGGCCCCUUCCUGACCGCCGAGGAUAGCAUCGACCGGCCCCGGGUGGCCACCGUGACGGGGGACGGACGCUUUGCAGUGGCUCUGAGCAACGGGACCAUCCACACCUUCAAGAUCAGAUAUCAAAGCAAGUGAA